CUGAAGUUACAGAACCUAUGAUUUUCGGCCGCUUUCGAGUCGUCAUGGCCUUUUCACAGCGGUUCGCAUUUGAAGCUGCGCAGGCAGCAAAGUUUUCCGUACACCUGGCUUUGACUACCAGUGCGACCCACACCACUAGUCCGCCGAGCGCCAUGUUCGGAAUCCUAUAAAAGCAACGGGGAUGUGCGCGCCCCCCUGUGUUCAGUACCACCUCGUACUAUCCCAAGUUCUCAAGCGCACGAGACGACACUUGCCAACAUGCUCGGCCUCAGGAACAUCGCCGUCUUCGUGCUCGCCGCGGUCUCCGCCGUGUCGGCUGCCCCGGUCGCCACGCGCGAAAACACUGUGGAGGUUGAACUCGAAAAGAGGUUGUCUCUUCCCAUCUUCCCUUGGGAGAUCCCCGGCGCUCAGGCCGUUGGUGUGAAGAAGAUGAUUGUGUUUGGAGACUCCUUGUCUGACAACGGAAACACCGCCAAGUUUAUGGACGCGAAUGGCGCAAACCCUCCCUUCCCGCGCGAUGUCUACCCCGAAGGACGCUACACGAACGGUCUCGUCUGGUCCGAUUACAUUUCCCAGACACUCAAAGCGUCCGUUGACAACUACGCGUACGGGGGUUCCACCACGUCGGCCGCCAACGAGCCUGGUGCCGACACGAACGGUUAUAUUGACUACCGCCUCCCGGGCCUCAUCGAGCAGGUCAACCAGUUCGCAUCGGCCGGCCAGCCCUUCGACGCCUCCACGACUUUGUUCAGCGUUUGGUCCGGUGCCAACGACUACUGGAGCAAGAAUGCCAACGUCUCCCUCUUCACCCCGAAGGUGGUGGUCGGCAACAUUGUGGCCUCCGUCAACACCCUCAUCAAAUCCGGGGCGAAAAACAUUGUGGUGUUCAACCUGCCCCCAGGCCAGAGUCAGAUCCCAUGGGUCCAGCACAACCUUAUCCUCGCCGGCGAGCUGAUCAAGCUCGCGGUUCUGAACCCCUCUGUCAAGCUCGUGGCCAUUUCUAUGGAGAUCGAGUUCGCAUACAUCGUGCUCAACCGCAAAAAGUGGGGCUUCAAAAUGCCUAUCGGCGACGUGCUCAAGACAUGUGUCUCGCGGGUGAACCCUACCGCUCCCCGCGUUGCUUGCCCCAACCCCGCGGAUUUCCUCCUGUACGACUCCCACCCUACGACAAAGACGCACCAAGUCAUUGCUGACCGUGUGCUCAAGCAGCUGGUCAACCAUAACAUUGUCCCCGCUGCCAACUAGAAAAUUUACAUAGAAUCGUCAUAGGGCCGGUCCCUGACUGAAUCUUCCUACGAUAGAUGGAGACUCUGGCCACGAGUGCGAAGUAGACUCUCUCUAGAUAGAGUGUUACCGAAGAGUCAAUAUACCUUUAUCACUGCAAUAGAUGCUGCAUAAUCAGCCGUCGUUAUGAUCAGUAAAGCAGAUUUUCGCUGACGGGCGUGACUAGGGUAACUCGUGCUAAAUGUGGGUAGCUCACUUCAAGAAUAAGACUUUUUUACAGCCAAAUUGCACCAUCUGAUUAACAAACCUAAGAACCCC